ACACACACACACACACACUCACUCAAACCCUCCUCCAGCUCCUCCACCUCCACCAUGGCAGCCUCCACACUGUCUGUCUGCUCCAGUGACCUGGGCUAUGACUGUCCAGAGAGCUGCUGCGAGCCCCCCUGCUGUGCCCCCAGCUGCUGCGCCCUGGUCCCCCGCCUGACCCUCCUCUGCGCCCCAGUGAGCUGCGAGUCCAGCCCCUGCUGCCAGCCAGCCUGCAGCAACUCCUGCUCAGCCUCGUGCUGCCAGCAGUCCAGCUGCCAGCCUUCCUGUUGCACCUCCUCCCCCUGCCAGCAGGCCUGCUGUGAGCCCCUCUGCUGCAGGCCUGUCUGCUGCAGGCCUGUCUGCUGCACACCUGUCUGCUCUGAGGGUUCCCCGUGCUCAGCCCCCUCGUCCUGCUGCAGACCCUCCUCCUCCGUGUCCCUGCUCUGCCGGCCCGUGUGCCGCCCCGCCUGCUGUGUGCCCACCUCCUCUUGCCAGCCCAGUUGCUGCCGCCCGGCCUCCUCUCUGUCCCUGCUCUGCCGGCCCGUGUGCCGCCCCACCUGCUGUGUGCCCACCUCCUCUUGCCAGCCCAGUUGCUGCCGCCCGGCCUCCUCUGUGUCCCUGCUCUGCCAGCCUGCAUGCUCCCGCCCGGCUUGCUAUGUCCCCGCCUUGGCCCUGGAGCCCUGCUGCUGAGUGUUCCUCUCAAGGUCAUCCCAAAGUGUGCGAACUCACAGUCAUCUGCAACCUUGGACUCCUUACUGAGAGCCUAGACAGCUUUCCCAUCACCUCCCCAGGCCCUGCCGUGAACGCCACCAGGUCACCCCUCCUGGGACUGGCACACCCACUUCUUCCGGUGCUGACUCCCCUCCCGCCACCCUGUCCUGGGUCAGCCUUCCCUCCACAGCCUGUGUUGGCAGCCCAGCUCUCCCAGGGGUUUGAGCCUCAUGUGGCAUGAAAGAAGAGAUGAUAAAUGCUUGGACUUGGUUUCUCACCCUUGUCCCCUGAGCUCUGGUGCAACCCCUGCUCCUCUACUCGUUCCUAAGCUGGUCUCAAUUUCUCCUCCCCUGUGAACUGUCAGUCCCUUCCAAUAAAUUCCUUUCCUGAUCAGUUUA